GAGCUUUUCUGUACCAGCCUCAUGUGUCUUUUUUGUUCUCGUUGACAAACUCCCUCCAUAACGGUAGUUAAUGGUUUGUCCCGUAAUCAUGUUCUUGUGUAUAUCACAGUAAAAUCGAGACCAUGAAUGUCUUAUAGUUGUGUUGCACGAAAAUCGAAACAAAUUCACCUUUUACAACAAUGGAGGGAGUGGACGAAGUGGUGGCAGCGUUGCAGGGUGGAGACCAGGCGGAAAUAUACAAGCAUCUGCAGUCAUUCAACACACAGCAUGCACAGACGUUUGGCUUCCCAGAACUUCAGCAAGACCAGAGAAAGGAUCUUGUAUCAGCGAUCCUUGAAGUGUUGAACAAGGACAUGCAGCCAUCGUGCCACGCCACGUGUCUGUCCACCAUUCGCAUCCUGAGCCGGGACAAGGCCUCCCUGCAGUUCCUAGCCAAGCCGCCGUGUGUCACCACACUCCUGAAGCAUGCUGGGAUGGAUGGGGCGGAGGCUGUGGUUGAGCUGCCAGAAGAUGAAGUGAUGGCAGAGGCAGAGAAGUGCCUGUGUAACAUCAUCUUCACAAGUCCCACUGCACAGAGACUCUGCAGUUCUAAUGGCUGUGUGGAGGGGGUGGCUGGCAGGCUGAAGUGCAUCUCAGACCCUCAUCUGUCCUAUGAUGUCAAGAUUUUUGCUGUAAGGCUGACAUUCCUACUGACAGCUUUGUGCAUUGACAUCAGACAAAGACUGCAGGUUGAGUUUAAUGCCCCAGCACUGCUGCUGUCAGCCAUGGAGCACACUCUGGGUGUGGAGAACAACAGCACUCUGGGUACACUGGAGGGUGUGGUCCUGACAGAUGAACAGGUGGACCUUCUGUCAGAGAUCCUCAAGACCAUGUUCAAUGUCACCCUCACUGGACAGGCCAGGCAGCUGGACGAGGAGGAGCUGGAGCGGUACAAACAGAUGACAGCUGUGUGCAGGUAUAUGCUGAUGUGUCGAGCAUCUAGUGAGACAAAACAAGAGGAGCUGCAUAGUCACACUAUCAACCUGAUGACCAACAUGCCCAGGAGCUGUCUAGGUGAGGUGAUAGUCCGACAGGGGGAGCGGGGCGUGGGGACGGAGUAUGACGGCUGGAACAUGGACGCCAUCAUGACCAUUCUGGACUUCUUAGAGAGAAGAAUAGACCAGAACAAACGUCUAUUGGAGACCCUGACCCCAGUCCUGACCUGUCUGAUCGCCAUCUCUAGAGCCAAUCGUAACAUCAGGAAGUUCCUCAGAACUAAGGUUUUGCCACCCUUGAGAGAUGUGGAAUCCUUACCACAGGAGGGCUGUAAGUUGCGCAACAAGUGCGUGCGUCUGAUGACCUGUGUAGUAACGGAGGUGAAGGAGACAGCUGCAGAAUUCCUCUUUGUUCUGUGCAAGGAGAAUGUUGACAGGCUGGUGAAGUACACAGGGUUCGGUAACGCGGCGGGACUGCUCGCGCACCGCGGCCUGCUGGCGGGCGGGCCGUCUUCUGGACAGGACAACUACUCCAGUGGGGAUGAGGAAAGUGACACAGAGGAAUACCUGGUGGCCAAGGACAAAAUUAACCCAGUGACCGGGAGGGUGGAGCCUGACCGACCUAACCCCCUGGAGGAGAUGACUGAGGAACAGAAGGAACAUCUCUUCAUGCAGCUGGCCAGCGACUUUGACAAGUUAACAAGGGAAGGCAUUGUAAAACCCACCAUGAUUGGCAGUGACGGGCGGCUACACGUGGUGGAGGGGGGCGUGGCCGAGAUGGUGGCCCGCGCACAGACUCCGCCCCCUGAUCACUCCGACAACGAAGAGGACGAUCCAAACGAGUGAUUGUUGUUCUUUCCUGUCCUGCACCCAGGAAAUGGCCAAAGCUUUUGCAAAAUCAACUUGUUGCAUGUGGGCUGUUCCAUUAAAUUAAUCAGGGGUGGACAAGUUUAUUUCCUGAAAGGGGACAAUGGAAAACUAAUACCAAACAGUGGGGACAGACACACAAAUUGUGUAAAUAAACGUUUGACCUUUUAUUUGGGAAGAAAACAAGACCACCCCUACUUUUUGAUGGAGCAGUCCAAGGACGAAGUACAUACUAUAUGUAUGAAUAUGUUACCUGUAGAUUGUUCUACAUGUACAUGUACAUGUAUAUACCAGAGUACUACAUAUUGUGUAUACAAUGUAAUUGACUAAUAUACAUGUAUAAGCUAUUGUUAGUUAGCAUUGGAUAUCACUUUGUAUACGGUAAUUCUGUUGU